AUGCUCUCGUUUUGUCCCAAUUGUCACAACAUGUUACUCGUAUCCCAAAUGGACAAUGGGGUUUACUCAUUGCAAUGUCCCUCGUGUCCCUACGUGUUCGCUAUCGAUGGAAUAGAGGUGUACGAUCGGAAACAACUGCCAAGGAAAGAAGUGGACGAUGUCCUGGGAGGUGGUUGGGAUAACGUGGACCAAACCGCAGUGCAAUGUCCGAAUUACGAUGAAUGUGCUGGUGAGAGAGCGUAUUUCUUUCAGUUGCAAAUCCGGUCUGCUGACGAGCCCAUGACGACUUUCUACAAAUGUUGUAACUGCGGUAACAGAUGGAGGGAGAACUAA